GAGAGGUUUCAUUCUUCACACGAUACAGGUACAGGCGCGAAUACCAAAAGUGUCGUCGAGUUCACACUCCAUUGUGAGAAAAUAGAGCAGAAGGAACAAAAGUUAAAUAAACACCAAGAAGAAGAAGAAAAAAGGAGGUAGAAAGUGUGAAUCCAGCAGCAUGAACCAGUGUGAGGACAGAGAGGAGGGAGCCCCUCCCUCUAAAACCAGUCUGUGUGGGGACCAUGAGAACCAGAACAAAGCUCAGAGGUCCCAUAAGAGACGAAGAUCUGCUGAACCUGGACCUGGACCCAGCUGUGUGUCUUUCAAGAGUGACCAGUCAAACACCCAUUUUAUUAAUUUCAAAGAUCAACCUGUGUCAGAGUCACAAGUGGACCAGCAGAGCUCAGAGGUUCCCAGUGCUCAGUCUGUCCAGCAGCACCAAGCACAACUGGACUCCAUACUUAUGCUGCUGGAGGAAAACAUUGUCACGUUUGUGAAGAAGGAGCUGAAGAAGAUCCACAAGGUUCUGAGUCCAGAUUACCCAGAAUGCUUAGAGAGUCAGAGGGAGGAUGAGGAGGAGUUGGAUGGUGAGGAUGAAGAGCAGAGGAAGAGCAGCAGAGACGCGUUUCAGAAGAUCACAGUGAACUUCCUGAGGAGGAUGAAGCAGGAGGAGCUGGCUGACUGUCUGCAGAACCCAGAUCUGAUGGUUCCAGUACCAGAGCCACGGCCCAUCACAUAUUACCAGCAGAUGCUUCAAUCAAACCUCCAAGACCAGUUUCUGUGUGUGAGACCAGGCUGGUCAGAAGUCGACCAACGUCUGGAUGACAUCUACACAGAGCUGUACAUCACAGCUGGGCCGGAUUCACACAUCAACACACAGCAUGAGGUCCAACAGCUUGAGACGACACAGCAGAAGCAAAGAUCAGCAGAGGAGCCAGUGAAGCCCAGUGACCUGUUCAAACAUCCCCCUGGUAAAUACAGACGCAUCAGAACAGUGUUGACCAAUGGAAUCGCUGGGAUUGGAAAAACAGUCCUUGUGAACAGGUUUGUGUUGGACUGGACCCAAGAAAGGUCCAAUCAAGACAUGCAUCUAAUUUUCCCCUUCACCUUCCGUCGGCUGAAUCCACUGAAGGGACAGAAGUUUAGUUUGUCAGAGCUCAUUCAUGAAUGCAUCCCAGAAACUGAGUCCAUCAGCCUGGAGGCUCUGAAUUACAUCUUUACACAUCUACAGUCAUCAGGAAACAGCAACUAUGACAAGAGCAGCUUCAAACUUCUGUUUGUGUUUGAUGGACUGGACGAGAGUCGCCUCCAACUGGACUGUAGCACCAGUGAGAAGGAGACGGGUCAACGUGACGUCACAGAGUCCACCUCAGUGGAUGAGCUGCUGACAAACCUCAUCAGAGGAAAACUACUACGCUCUGCUCGCAUCUGGAUCACCACACGACCUGCAGCAGCCAAUCAGAUUCAUGGAGCCUUUGUUGAUGUGGUGACGGAGGUCAGAGGGUUCACUGACCCACAGAAGGAGGAGUACUUCAGGAAGAGAUUCACAGAUGAGGAGCAGAGCAACACAAUCAUGUCCCACAUCAAGACGGCACAAAGCCUCCACAUCAUGUGCCACAUCCCGGUCUUCUGCUGGAUCACUGCUACGGUUCUGGAGGAUCUGCUGGAAACCAGAGAGGGAGGAGAGCUGCCCAAGACCCUGACGGAGAUGUACGCAGAGUUCCUGGGGUUUCAGAUGGAUCGGACUAAAGACAAGUACGGACCAGAACAGAGCAGCAACUACAUCAAGUCAUUGGCUAAACUGGCUUUUAAGCAGCUGCUAAAGGGAAACUUGAUCUUCUAUGAGGAAGACCUGAAAGAGAGUGGGUUCAAUGUCAGUGGAGCCUCAGUGUGUUCAGGAGUGUUCACAGAGAUCUUUAAACAGGAGCGAGGGAGGAAAACCAAGGACAAGAUGUUCAGCUUUGUUCAUCUGAGCGUUCAGGAGUUUCUGGCUGCUGUUCACAUGAUGCUCUGUUACACCAAUGGGAGGAUCGAGGAACUGGAGAACUUCCUGAAAGACUCCAAACACACAGAAUCAAUCCUUAAAAAAAUAAAACAGGUGUUUGUUCAUACUUCAACUCUCUCAUCUCUGGAGGUUGUCGUGAGUAGAACCAUUUUUAAAUCCCUUCAGAGUCCAAGUGGCUACUUGGACCUGUUUGUUCGCUUCCUUCAUGGCCUCUGUCUGGAGUCCAACCAGAAAAUCUUAGGAGAUUUGCUGGGUCACACAGAGAACAGUCCAGAAACCAUCCACAGAAUCACUAACAACCUGAAAAAGACAAAGAGUGAUAGAAUCUCUCCAGACAGAAGCGUCAACAUCUUCCACUGUCUGAUGGAGAUGAACGACCACUCAGUCCAUCAGCAGAUCCAAGAGUUCCUGAAGUCAGAGAACAGAUCAGAGAAGGAACUCUCCUUGAUCCAGUGCUCAGCCCUGGCCUACAUGCUGCAGAUGUCAGAGGAGGUUCUGGAUGAGUUGGACCUGAACAAGUACAACACAUCAGAUGACGGACAACGAAGACUGAUUCCAGCUGUGAGGAACUGCAGAAAGUUUAAACUUUCUGGUUGUGGACUCACAGAGACUCACUGUGAAGUUGUGGCCUCAGCUCUGAAGUCCAACCCGUCACAUUUGACAUAUCUGGACCUGAGUAACAACAUCCUGCAGGACUCAUCAGUGAAGGUUCUGUGUGCUGGACUGGAGAGUCCUCACUGUCGACUGGAGACUCUGAGAUUGAGUUUCUGCAGUUUGUCAGAGAUCAGCUGUAAUUCUCUGGUCUCAGCUCUGAAGUCCAACCCAUCACAUCUGAUACAACUGGACCUGAGCUGGAACAAGCUGCAGGAUUCAGGAGUGAAGCAUCUGUGUGGUUUUCUGGAGAGUCGUCGCUGUCGACUGGAGACUCUGAGAUUGAUGAGCUGCAGUUUGUCAGAGAUCAGCUGUGAUUCUCUGGUCUCAGCUCUGAAGUCCAACCCCUCACAUCUGGCACAACUGGACCUGAGUGACAACAACCUGCAGGAUUCAGGAGUGAAGCAUCUGUGUGGUUUUCUGGAGAGUCGUCACUGUCGACUGGAGACACUGAGAUUCAGUCUCUGCAGUUUGUCAGAGAUCAGCUGUGAUUCUCUGGUCUCAGCUCUGAAGUCCAACCCAUCACAUUUGACACAACUGGACCUGAGCUGGAACAAGCUGCAGGAUUCAGGAGUGAAGCAUUUGUGUGGUUUUCUGGAAAGUCGUCACUGUCGACUGGAGACUCUGAGAUUGAGUUACUGCAGUUUGUCAGAGAUCAGCUGUGAUUCUCUGGUCUCAGCUCUGAAGUCAAACCCGUCACAUCUGACACAACUGGACCUGAGUGACAACAACCUGCAGGAUUCAGGAGUGAAGCAUCUGUGUGGUUUUCUGGAGAGUCGUCACUGUCGACUGGAGACUCUGAGAUUGAGUCACUGCAGUUUGUCAGAGAUCAGCUGUGAUUCUCUGGUCUCAGCUCUGAAGUCCAACCCAUCACAUCUGACACAACUGGACCUGAGUGACAACGACCUGCAGGAUUCAGGAGUGAAGCGUCUGUGUGGUUUUCUGGAGAGUCGUCACUGUCGACUGGAGACUCUGAGAUUGAUUCACUGCAGUUUGUCAGAGAUCAGCUGUGAUUCUCUGGUCUCAGCUCUGAAGUCCAACCCGUCACAUCUGACAAAACUCGACCUGAGUGGAAACGAGCUGCAGGAUUCAGGAGUGAAGCAUCUGUGUGGUUUUCUGGAGAGUCGUGACUGUCGACUGGAGACUCUGAGAUUGAGACUCUGCAGUUUGUCAGAGAUCAGCUGUGAUUCUCUGGUCUCAGCUCUGAAGUCCAACCCGUCACAUCUGACACAACUGGACCUGAGUGGAAACAAGCUGCAGGAUUCAUCAGUGAAGCCUCUUCGUGACCUGGUGCAGAGUCCAGACUGUGGACUGCAGACUCUGAGGUGUAGAUGAUCCAGAUGUAGAAGCAGCAGCAGUGUGUGUGUGGAGGUUCUGACUGGUCCAUGUUACUGGGAGCAGAGCUUCAUCCACAACUGACUGACAGAGGAACCAGAACCAGUGGAGACGACUCUCAGUGUGAACUGAUCUGAGACCAGCUGCUCUGUGUCCAGUCGACCAGGAUCAUGUGGGAAAUGAAGUGUGUGGUGCAGUAGUUAGAUAUCGGGGACAGUGUUGAUGUACAUUUAUUCAUAUAAUUUACUACCUCACUUGUAUUUUUGUAUAAACAGUGUUUUCACAAAUUAAUGCUCUAGUGUUGUAAUACUGUAUGAAGUAGACAUUCGGGACACAGACAGAUUGUUUAUAAAGCAUCUUUACUGUAUAACCUGUGUCCUCUUGGCUGCUCUUUGACUCAAGACUAAAGGCAGAGGUUUCACAUUUGAUUUUUUAUUGAAAGCAGAGCGUAGCAGUUCAGGAGCAGACUCACUUCCUCUUAACUCAUGUAACUACAAGACGAGCAAUGUUCAAACUGCGUCAGGUUGUUUCUUGUACAACUACAUUUACUUAAUGUGACAAGACAUUAACACAACAACAACAUUUACACGGCAUCGUCAUGGACAGAUAACAUGCUUCUUCCUGCUUCAAACUGCUGCCAUCACUAAGAGCAACCAGUGCAGCGUUCAGAAGUUGGUCGCCAGUUAACGUGGUCACGAGUUAAUACGGAACACCGGUCUGUGAAAAUAUUGUGACAUUAAACUGGUCCGAGGCACAAAAAAGGUUGGAGACCAUUGAUUUAGGGUUUUUACAGUAUUGUUGCAUAUGUUUUUUUUGUGACAUCAUCAUUUUAGACAGUUGUUUUCCACAGCAUGUGAUCGAUGUCUAUGAUGUUUAAAUUGACUGAAUGAUAUUGGUUAUGUGUUAAAGUUAGUUAAAACAGUGAAAUUAAACUGGUAAAGGUCAGACUGUUUCAUGAUUCAGAAUUGAUGUUGUCUAGGUUUAACAUUAUAGGAAGUACAGAAUAACCUGGAAGUUACAUUUCAUUAGUAAAAGACAAGCAAAAAGACCACUGUACCUCUGAACCAAUAUCUGACCUAUAAACAUAUUAAAUAUUACCACAAACAUCAAUCAAAUGAAAUCAAAAAUAUUUUAUUGUGAAGCCAGAACAUGAUUUAUUUGAAAUGGUCAAUUCUGUCAGGUUCUGGUUCUGUUUUCAGUUUUAUUUUGAAAGUACUUUGUUCAUCAUCAUCGUUUUGGGUUCCAGUUUCCAUUUCCUGUUUUAUUUUGGUAGUCUCCCGGUUUCUGUUUCUGUUCUAGCUUCACUUCCGGUUUACGUCAUGUCACAGCUGUUCCUGCUUCACCCGGUCAUUAUCCACACCUGCACUUCAUCAGUAAUCAAUUCACCUUGCAUUUAAGCACCACUUCUCACCCCAGUACCUCGCCGGAUCGUUGAUUCUAUGACCUCACGUUCCAGCAAUUCUCUAGUUCAGCUUAUCCUGUUGUCGACCCAGUUCCGUAUCUCUGACCAUCGCUUCUCGCCUGAUCCUGACCGGUUUUGUAAGUCUCUACUCUGUUGCUGAACUCUGCCUGUUUUUGGACCUGUCUAAGCCUGCUGAUUCUAGUUCUGAGAUCUGAGCCCUUUGGUAUUGACCCACGCCUGUUACCGGACCCGACUACGCUUAUCCCUUGUGUGCUGCGAAACUGUGCCUACCUGUGUAUGACUUGGACUGUCUGUGACCUGGAUUCUUGCAUUAAAUAUCUCUUUUAAUCAUA